AUGGGCUUGGUAGAUAAGGCAUCUAGGAAGUUCUGUACGACCCGUAUUGUGGGUAAAAAAUUGAACAAGUAUUCAUACAUCGUUACCGAGCCCAAGGAUCAAGGUGGCUCGCAGGCAAUGCUAUAUGCCACCGGGUUCAAACCAGAUGAUUUAUCCAAGGGUCAAGUUGGUGUUGGAUCAUGUUGGUGGUCAGGGAAUCCUUGUAAUAUGCACUUAUUGGACUUGAAUCACAGAUGCGCUGAAUCAGUUAAUAAAGCAGGGUUUAAGGCCAUGCAAUUCAAUACAAUUGGUGUUUCUGAUGGUAUUCCUAUGGGUACGAGUGGUAUGCGUUAUUCAUUGCAGAGUAGAGAAAUUAUCGCAGAUUCUUUUGAAACUCAAAUGAUGGCACAACAUUAUGACGCCAAUAUCGCCAUUCCGUCGUGCGAUAAGAAUAUGCCCGGUGUGCUAAUGGCUAUGGGUAGACAUAAUAAACCUUCUAUUAUGGUUUAUGGUGGUACUAUCUUACCGGGAACUCCUACAUGUGGUUCUAGUAAGUUGCCCAAAAAUAUUGAUUUGGUAGCAGCUUACCAAUCUUACGGUCAGUACAUUUCUAAACAGAUUACGGAAGAGGAAAGAUCUGACGUGGUUUCACACGCAUGUCCAGGCCCUGGUUCAUGUGGUGGUAUGUAUACAGCAAACAGUAUGGCUGCUGCUGCAGAAGUUAUGGGUAUUACAUUACCUAAUACUUCAACUUCACCUGCCACAUCAAAGGAGAAAUUAGCAGAGUGUGCUUCCAUUGGUGAUGCCAUUAAAAAGACGAUGGAGCUGAACAUUUUGCCUCGUGAUGUUUUGACUAGGGAAGCAUUUGAAAAUGCCAUCACAUACGUGAUCGCUACUGGUGGUUCUACCAAUGCGGUAUUACAUUUGGUCGCUAUUGCCCAUUCUGCAGGUGUCAAGUUAACUCCGGACGAUUUCCAAAGGAUCAGUGAUAAGACACCAUUGCUUGGUGAUUUCAAACCUUCUGGUAAGUAUUUCAUUGCUGACUUGUACAAAGUGGGUGGUACUCAAGCUGUAAUCAAAUUCUUGUACGAGAAUGGCUUCCUCCAUGGUAACACUUUAACUAUUACUGGUGAAACUCUCGCUGAGCGUGCCGCCAAGGCGGCUCCAUUGUCAGAGGGCCAAGAUUUAAUCAGUUCAGUUUCACAACCAGUUAACCCCAAUGGUCACUUGCAAAUUCUUUAUGGCUCUCUAGCCCCAGGCGGUGCUGUUGGUAAAAUUACUGGUAAGGAAGGUACUUAUUUUAAGGGUAAGGCAAAGGUAUUUGAAGAAGAAGUAUCAUUUAUCCAUGCCCUAGAAAAAGGUGAAAUUAAAAAAGGUGAAAAAACCGUCGUAGUUAUUAGGUAUGAAGGUCCAAAAGGUGGUCCAGGUAUGCCUGAAAUGUUAAAACCAUCUGCUGCUCUCAUGGGGUACGGUUUGGGACAAGAUGUUGCCAUGCUUACUGACGGUAGGUUCAGUGGUGGUUCCCAUGGGUUUUUAAUUGGCCACGUCGUACCAGAGGCAGCUGAAGGUGGACCUAUCGGUCUCGUUAAGGAUGGUGAUGAGAUUGUAAUCGAUGCUCAAAAUAACAAGAUCGAUCUUUUGGUGGAUGAAAACGAAAUGGCUAAACGUAGAGCUGACUGGACUCCACCUUCACCUCGUUACACUAAAGGUACGCUAUGGAAAUACUCUAAAUUAGUUUCCAAUGCGUCUCAAGGCUGCGUUCUAGACGCUUAA